CUGAUUGGCUAACGAGAGAGUGGGUGGAUUUAUGGAAUCGUCACACGCACCCGGGAUUAACCUGUGUCUUCUUUUUAUAAUGUCGCCAUAUUGCAGCGGUCGCUCUGUUUCCGUGUCGAUUAUCGAUUGAAAGUGAUAUUUGUUCCUCUCACUUUGCGAGGUUUACGUAACUGUUUUGGAUAGAGAAGGUUCCGGAGCCGCGCGACGGCUCCGAUGAGGCGCGCUCGCAGAUGGGCGCCGACGGCAGCAAGAAGGUAAAUAGAUGGGGUGCAUUUUGGCGAAUGUGAUUGGAGGGGGGUGCCCCCGUUUCCGUGGUGAUGAUGACGCCCGUGCAUACUUGUUUAUAUGUUAUUUUUAAAGGAUACGUAUUUAAACGGGAGGCACAAUAAUUAUCCUACACCCUCCGUUACACACGGGCUGCACAUCUGCUGUGGCCCGUAGGCUACUAUGUUGUAGGAGGCACGUCACGUGACUCAACCACUUCAUUAAGUACACUAGUUGAGCUGCUUCGAUUAUCCCUAGCCCCUGGAGCAUCUUUGUAUGAAUAUGAUGAGAAAACGUUUAGUUGAAUAAAAAGUUUAGCAUUGGAUUUCGAUUUCGAACGUGUAAAGAGGUGGAGCAUCCUCGUACUUGACAGAGACGCAGUUAUCUCGUUUUAAAACCAAAAGGCUCGUCGACACGCAAGUAUGUAGUUUUAACAUUUUUUUUCUUAACACAAUGACAUUCUAGAGCCACCUUUCUCUCGCUUAAAAGACAAUGUACGGGUAAUUCCUUUCCCUUACAUUACAGUUAAGUAAACUGCCAUUUUUUAAACACUGCAGUUUCGCUAGGAAUUGUAAAAAAAAAAAAAAAAAAGUAGCAUCAUGCUAAUUGUAAAAGGAAGUCGGCGUUAUGUCACGAUGACGUCACCUCGCUGAGCAACGUGUCGCCAUUUUGCGAAGGGGGCACGCACAGCUAAACAUUCCGUAGACAAACGUCUGAAAUUCAUAUAUUUCAGGUGUGUUUUGCAUCUUUUUUCAUAAAAACGUCUUAAACAUGGCUUACUAUUAUCACGAGACACUGCCAACAGACGCGAUGAGGCGAUACAAUUUAAAAUUACCGUGUAUUGGCUUGCAAUUCUGCUCAUACAAAGUCGCAGCUGAUAGCUGGAUGAACAAUCCAAAGGAAUGGCCUGCAGUGGAGUUCGGAAACAUCUACAACUACCUCAUAAAGUCACCCAAGGCCGGCUGAUGGCCGGGAGGAAGAGUCCCUCUCGUCAGGCUGGCGUGGCUUUCUGUCCGGCAUGGGCCUAUCGCUGCCUGCUGCCUUGUGCCGCCUGGCGCCGUCCGCUUUGCCCCUGGGUAGACGGCGCAUGCUUCAAGGCAGGGCACCCGACAUCCCCGAGCACGUAUUGAGGCUGGCAGGCGUAGGUCCUGACAAGCUCAGGUCGGAGUGGAGCCUGCCGGGUUUCGUCGCCAUGUUCUUGCCUGAGUUCCCCCACAGGGCCAUGCCUAGUCAAGAGCACUUUCAGGUGUUAGGUUACAUCGCCAAAGGUUCUUUUGGACCCAUCUUGAAGGUGAAAGAUAAGACCAAACAGAGAACAUACGCCGUUAAGGUGAUACCCAAAUCUGAGAUUCUCCGACUGGGCGUUCUGGAGCAGUCUAAAGAAGAGGUGAUAGUCCAGCGUCAGAUUCGGCAUCCAUUUGUCCACGACCUUCAGGACUGUUGGCAGACGCAGCGCCACCUCUACAUUAUGUGCGACUACUGCGGCACUGGCGACCUGUACACCUACUGGCAGAUGAUUGGUCUAUUUGCCGAGGACACAGUUCGGGUGUUUGCUGCUGAGCUUGGCUGCGCACUUGGAUUUCUUCACGACUUUGGAAUCAUCCACAGAGACGUGAAGAUGGAAAACAUUCUGCUUACGGACAAUGGACACCUUCGCCUGGCUGACUUUGGUUUGUCCCGUCGCCUGGAGCGGGGAGGCCGGGCUUUUACCAUCUGUGGGACCAUACAAUACAUGGCACCCGAGGUGCUGAGCGGCGGUCCCUACAACCACGCGGCCGAUUGGUGGUCGCUGGGAAUCCUGCUCUUCUCAUUGGCUACCGGCAAGUUCCCUCUGCCUCCAGAGCCAGACCACUGUGGCAUGCUGAGGCGGGUGCGGUCUUUCCCCUAUGAAAUGCCCUUCAGUUUGAGCCCCCCUCUGGCCAUGCUCAUCACCGAGUUGCUGUGCAAAAUGCCCACCCGCCGACUACGCACCUUGGAUCGCUUCCAACGCCAGACCUUCUUCCGUGGGCUCAGCUUUGACCAAAACCUACUGCAGCGCCACCCUGUGGAGGUGAUUCUGGAGCUGAGGGAGCGACCCGAUCGUGCCGCCAAAGCCCGCCGAGGCCUCACGCUAUCACUGCAGCCACUCAAAGGCUUCGAUUACGACUCGCUGCUCAGCCCGCCGCACACACCCGAUGCGCCGCCGCAGGAAGCAGGACCGCGUAGGGAGGUGUUCGUUUGACACAUGAACUCUGCUAAGCAGUACACGUACAGUACAGUACAGUACAGUACAGGUUUUUUAAAGUUUGCGAGUGACAAAAUUGCUGGUCCAUACUUAAAAUGGCUUAUUGGUGGAUUAAAAUUAGUUUAUCGCUAAUAGUCAUCCAAGCCGUUUGAACUGGGAGGACUGGCGUUUGAACUGGGAGGACUGGCAUUGAAUGAACCAAAGUUUCUUCGCUGCAGCCCUCACACUUCAAAUGGAUUGGACAUCUAGGGAUAAACAUAGUGGUGGGAAGGUGCAUUUUGCCUAGAGAAAGAAUACAUUUUAUUUCUUAACAUCCAAUCCUUUCGAAGGGGAGUUCCGGCAGCAAAUGAACAUUGAAUUAGAUGUCUACAAGUAAUAAACUGGUGAGAGGUUGCUUCUUGGCCAGAGGAAAAACUAAUUUUAUUUUUUAUCUAAUUGGCUGCUAGUGACAGCACUAGACAUUCAAUCCAUUUGAAGUGGGACAGCGAAUGAAUGAACGUUCGCUCAUUGAAAUUCCCAGCAGAAGGUUCCUUUUUUUUUUUUUAUAAUGGCAGUGUUUGUAGCUGUCGGCCAUCUUGGGUAGAGUGACCUGCGGUUGGAAAUGAGAUCUUGAAAAGUACAUAUAGCACACUCUCUGCACGGUUUUUCUUACUACUCCCCUAUACCUACUGUAUGACAUCAGUUUAGUGCAGAAUCGGUACCGAUACUAGUACGUCUAGAUUUUGGAGCAACACUACCUGUGAUUAACAAGCAGCGCUAAAUUGUGAAGCUUUUCUGCCUAUGCUGAUGCUGUCUAAUUAAGCCGGACAGCUAUUUACAAUAUUUUAAGCACUGUAUCCUGUGGCCUGAACACUUGUUUCCACCAUGAAAAGCACCUUUUAUACCUUUUGUGUUUGCACAACAGGAAACGUUAUCUUUAGUGGGCUUUGGAUAUGCUGCAACUGUUAUUUUGCAAACAAUGGUCACGCUACCUGAAGACAAUGCACUCUUAUUUUCUGUGUAGUCACUUGCGCAAAGAAAUGCCUUUUCCUAAAUAACGUUGACUUUACAUCUCGUCUUACCACUGUGGAAACGUCACAACUUUAACUUAGCAUUUUGACAGAAGGGAACUUUUUUUUUUUUUUUUUUUGGUCAUAAAGUAUGUUUCAAUGUACCUGAAUGCCUCUCACACGUGAUCCUGACUUUUGUGUUUUUGGUAUGCAAAUGUUUGUUUAUAUGUAUAGUAUAUACAAAUAAUCCUCUUUAUACAAUUUAUAAGAGAGUUUUGGAUGUUUACAUGUUUUUUGAACAUUAAUAAAUGAAGUAAAUGUGCUACUUUUGUGACUGGCAUUGUGAGAAAUAUGAUUGGGGCAGGUUUCAACAUGCAGCUUUUCUCAAUAGAUCUUGCCCAACACGGAGACUGUUAUGACACGUUGGAUGGGAGAUUACAUACAAUUUUGCACAAUGAUAUCUAAUGCAAACAUUUUGUUUGCU